AUGGACGGACGGGAUGAGUACUUUUGGUGAGCUCUUUUGCCAGUUUUUUUUUUUAACUUUCCGACGUUGAUUCCAGGUGCAAGAACGGAAGACCGUCCAUCGAGAAGGACCGACUCAGACACGCGGUUGCUCGGCUCUAUCUGUGCCGUCUGAAAACGCAGGCGACCGUCAUGAAGUCGAUCCACGUGGCGACCGAAGAGGGCUUCGAGUUCAGAAGCGGCGACGACGUGGACAUCUCCCCGUACCUCUACUAUUCACUCAACAAGAAGCGUCGUUGGGAGGACGAGGCGGAGAUCGGCGUUGAGCUUUUGGAGCGGGCUCGCAACCUGAAUGCGGGCUGGAAAACGAUUUUUUUGGAGCGAGUAAAUCUGAAAAGUUACUUGUGGGACCACUGGAGUUAUUGGUGCUCGCCGGAACGCUUCUGCGACUCGUUCCGGAUCCGUGGCGUUCAUAAACUCACCGAGGAAAAUGUGUACGAGCAUUGUUGUUUAAAUUCGGUGUUCGGACAGAGAUACUCGAACUUUCUCGAGGAGAAUCGGAAGCCGAAGAAGGAGAAGAAGAAGGGAAAGGCGGAGGAGGAGGUGGAGGAGAAGGUUGCGGAGCCAUUGAUGGCCUACAACUUUCUCAGAGCUCCAAAGAACUACUUGACGCUCCUGAGCAAGCAGUACACCAGCAGCAACUACGGAUGGGAUUGUUAGUUUUUUCAUCAGUAUUCGAAAACGGUCAGAAAAUAUCUUUCAGGGCCUCACGUCGGCUAUUGGAGGCGUGUGGAUCUUCAGAAGGAGCACAACUUGGAGUUGAGAUACGGAAAGAUCGAGGAUUCGGACGGAGAUCCAGAUGACUUGUUCUGUUACGAUUUCCCAUCGGAUUUCGAGCAGAAGCCAAUGGAAAAAUGGCAAGUUCCGAUCAAAGUGCCCUUGCUGUCACCGUCUUCUCUUUCUUUUCAGCUACAACCUCGAAGAUCACAUCGUCGACAAGUUUAUGAUUGUAAAAAGGCAUAAGAAGAGGAAGAAUGAGAAGACGGGCUUUGAAAUAUUGUGA